GACGCGCUGCCCUCUCGGUGCCGCUGCGCAGAGGAGUGACAGCCAGCCACACCGGGACACUCUCUAGGACGUUUCUUUCUCAGAGGGAGAGUCAACAUCGAUCCACCAUCUUAGGCCCUGCUCCAGAGAGAGUGCGCUUUUUCCUGUUUUCAUCUACAUUCAAGCCUGAGGAAACAUUCACCACAAAUGAAAUGCGCCCUGGCAGAAAAGAUAAAUAUUCUAAAAAAAAAUCUUUCUUGAAUUUUCAUUAACCUAAUAUAGUCUCAUAAUCUUCAUAAAUACCAAGACUGAGCGGUUUAUCUCAAUCAUGUCCAAGGACGACACAUGUAAAGUGACGUCUGUCUGCAAACACAAGGAGCGCAAGCCCAAGAAGCCUCACUACAUCCCACGGCCAUGGGGCAAACCAUACAACUACAAAUGCUUCCAGUGCCCCUUUACCUGCAUGGAGAAGUCCCACCUAUACAACCACAUGAAGUACAGUCUCUGUAAGAACUCCCUGUCCUUGCUCAUAGAGUCAGACUGGCCCUAUAAGAAAGGCAACAUCCUGCACCCGGACCAGCUGCGACCCCUUCAGCAGGUGCACGGCCUCCACACAAGUGGGAAAGAUGAGCCAGAGCAGGUAACAGGGACUGAGGAGAGACCUAAGCAGCGAAGGACAGUGGAGGAGGAAGGUGAGGACAGGGAGAGCCAGGGGCCAGAAGAUGAAGAAGAGGGAUUACGAGUGGAAGGAGCAGAAGUGGCUGGGCUGACAAAAGAGAGCUCCAAUAGCAACAGCAACAGGGGAGACACUGUAGAAGGCGUCACCAAGAAAACCAAACGGCAAGAAUCAGAACUUCUGAUGGCUGAUAUGUUCUCCCUUGAAGAUCAGCUUUUGCGGGCACGCUCGGUGGAGGUGGAGGCCCAGCUGAAGCACUAUAAGCUGUCCAAGACCUGUCUAACAGCUCCGGGUCUGCUGUCAGAGCAGUGGCGGCUGUUAGCUACCAGCCAGACAAAGGCAAAGGCAGAAGGUACCCAGCCCCGAGUGGGAAGUUCGAUCCCUUGCUAUCCUCCUCCACCCAACCUGGUGGACUACCAGGAUCCGACUGGACUCAACCUAUCAGUCCUUGGUGUGGGCUACCCCCUAAAUCCCAGUAUCUUCUCCUACAUGAACUCAGCUAUUCCAACUGCUGCCACCAACCUCACUGCUCAAACCCAUGCACAGCUAGCCCAGCUCCCUUUCCUCGCCUCAGCCGCUCAGCUCAUGCACCCUGCCUCCAGCACACACCCUCACACAGACCGAGCGCUCCUCCCUCCUCGUCUCUACUACCCCUUCCUGUGUGAGCAUACCUUUGGGCCGGCAUCCGGUCAGAGCGAUGCCAGCAAAGGGCUCAAAACCUCUACAAACAGUCUGGAGGGUAAUCCCUUGCCCAGCUACCAGCCCAAAGUCAAUCUGUGGAAAGUGCCUGCUUUGCGGCCAGGCAACACCGCAGUCUCCUCCGCUGGCUGGGUUUCUCCUCAGAGAGAGUCCCCUGACCCAGGCUAUAGGCUGGGGGAUAAACUGCAGGCAACAGCUAAGGAUGGUAAAGCAGGAUGGGGCCUCAAGAGGACAGGGGCCCCGCUGGGGAACCAUGAGGCCCCUGUGGAGAAGAAGCCGGCCAUGGGCUUCACAUGGGACCUCCUGAAGAACAUCCAAAAUGCCUCCAGUCUAACUAUGUCAGCAGACAAACUUCUCCUCCAUAGCAGUUUACAGGGUACUCAGCCUCACACCCGGCCUGGUGAAUCAUGGUACACUGAUCCCCUCACCAGUCCCAAUACUGAAUCAGCCCCGCUUCCUACAUGCGGGGGACACAACAGCCAGGACGCUACCACUGCCCGAGCAAUUGGUGAGGGAGCUUCAGAGUCAGUGGCUGCCCUCCUCAACGAUCUCUCUAAGGCCCUACAGGAGUACCAGGAGGCUGAGCGCAAAAUCUCCCACCUGGAGAAAGAGGACCUUCCUGCCCAGCGCCACCUCUGGGAGCACCUGAACAAGAUCCGCAGCGAGCUGUCCCACAUCCACCUGGCACUGGAGCGGACGUCCCGCCAGACGGAAGGACCCUUAGACCUGUCGGUGAAGAAAGACCCGACGGAUGCACUCGCCCACGGUGAGCAGGGCACGAGGGAAGAAGGCAGCCUUAAAGAAAACACGACAGAGACGGAGGAGGAAGACGAGGAGGCAGAGGAGGAGAGGUAUGAGGAGGAGGAUGAGAGUGAGAGGAAGGCCAUGAAGGCUUCGCUGGAGAGUCGCAAGCAGUCAUUGGACAUGCUGAUCAAGAUGAGUCAGGCGGGAGUGUCGGUGGUAAACACAGAAGUUCUCUCACCCGCUGGCCUGGGUUUGAGGCCCAGUCCGGCCGAGGCCUUAUGGCCAAGCAGAACUACUAAGUGUGAGGCUGACUCCAGCGUCCUGCUGUGCCCAGACGGCCGACCCGUAGUCUUCACUGACAUCCCCCCGUCUGCCAAAACCCCAAAGAGGCCGCCGUCCAUACAGCGACUAGAAGCUCAGUGUCCUCCUAGCCCAUUAACAGCCACAGACAAUUAAAACAUGAUUUAUCUGACUCUGUAAACGCCCGUAGCCGGAAUAUAACAGAUUCUAUACAGCUAUUCAGAUUUUACGGCUACAUGCAUUUGUAUUUUUCAUUGGCAUGCCCUUUGACUUUCACUCUCAUCUCCCAUUUCCAUUCACACCAGCCUCAAACAUUUAGCACCUUAUAAGACAAACAGAGAAUGAAGGACAAAAUACGGCAAACGAGAAGUGAUACUAAUGCACUAAAGACUGGACAUUGAUUGUCAGUAUUUGAUUCCUUUCAAGGUAAUAGUAAAAUGUAACUUAAAAAAUGAAAAAAGUAAAUAGGCCAGCAGUUAACGAAGCAAAAGGGGACACAAUAAUUUUCAGUGCCCUUCUAGUCCAUUAGAGUAAUAUUAAGAGACAAUCCUUUGAGCAGAUUUGUAAAUAAUGUACAUUUUUUGAUCAAUGUAAGUAAAAUGUUUUAAAGGUUAAAUGUUAUGUUUUAUAUGAAUGAUGUCAUGUUGGACUGUAUCAUUGCAUUUGAUGGAAAUAAAAUUGUAUUAUACACACUGU